AAUGAAAAGAAAGAAGCAUUUAUCAUUUUAAAGAAAGGUGCAGAAGUCACAAUGGUGGAUGUUGGUUAUGAGGUAAAGACGCUAUGUACCCAUGUGUAAGGCUCGUAGUUAUUUGUUUGUUUAUUUAUUUGUAUAUAUUUUUGAUUUAUUUUUUUUGAAGGGUUCUCAAAAAAUGUUUGCGUAAUCAAAGUACGCAUGUUGUAUGCGUCUUACCUAUUAAUAAUCUGGAAGACAAUUCAAGCCAGUUUGCUAACCACGACGUAAUUGGAUAAUUGGAUGGGAUAAUCAGGUUCUUCGUAGUCUAAUGGCCUGUUUACAUAGAUGUGGGGGACCCCAGUUAGGUGAGGUAACUCGCUUAGGUGGGGUAACCUGCCUGUCCAUAUAAUCUCUCAUAUUAAUUUGAUCACGUUUACAUGAUAGGUGGGUGACCCGCCUGGCCGGGGUCGGAUUCGUGAUACAUCAAAUUCGCGCAAAAUUCACUUUGGCGGUGGCUUUGCAUUAUUAUUAAAGUUAACAAUAGAAAGCCAUUGCACUGAAGGUUGCAGCAAGAGCAACAAGUGAGUGAAGAAGUGCAUUUAUCGCCAAAACACGUGGUUUGCCAGCAUUUUUCUUGUUUACGUGCUUAGCGACCAUUCAAUAAUCUUGAGAAAGUGCACCCCAGGAUGGCGGGGUUGUAAGAUUGCAUGUAAAGGGGGGUUAUUUUUUUUGCCUCACCUAGGAAGGUUACCUCACCUACCUGGGGUCCCCCACCUCCAUGUAAACAGGCCCUUAAAGUCAAUACUCCUAGGGUGUGUUUACACUAUACCGGAUAGUAGCUUUUGACCUGCCACGAAAAUCACAGCGGAUAUAGGGCGUCAGGUCACACACAAGAACGGUUGUGGCGGCGCGAUUUUUGUGACGGAGCGAUGCUGCACCGCGCCGAUCUCUAAAAUGGAAAGCCACAUAUCGGAUAGGGGUUCACACUCCACAACAUACGUUUCAGAGCAUGGAAAAUCUCGCGCGGAAAAACUGCCCACCGUAGCCCCUCCCCUCAGUAUCCGGAUACACAGCGUAACAUUUACUUCUCAUUUGGGGCGGAAAAUUUUGGGGUGUAUCCGCAUAAAAAAAAAUUUACGGAUACGGGGGCGGGGGACGGGAAAAAUGGAAAACCACAUAUCGGAUGGGUCAUAGUGUGAACAAAGCCUUACAGACUGUAAAAAUGACGUCAAAACGUUGCAGACCUUUGUAGCAGAAACCGCAAGUAGCGCACAAAUGUUUUAACUGCGACAGUUGUAAAAGAUGUUGACAAAAGAAAAUUGUGAUCAGUUCGUCUUUAAAUUUUGGCAUAGUCUCAGAAAAUCGCGUGUAAAAGACAGCAAAAGGAAACAUUGUGCUAUUGACAAUGGCUUUUGAUCAUUGAGCACGUGAGGGUUACACGUGCGUGUCGCUAUUGACAGAACGUUAUUCACUCGUCGUACUCGUGAGACUCGGGCCCAUGCAAGGCAUGAGAGUUUUUUAAAUAUUCAAGAAGGCUAACAGUCUGUGACGCACAUCACGGUCAAUCACACUUAGUGUUGCAGGGGUUUAUGUUACUGGUUAUUGAUAGAAAACAAAUCUUUAUAACAGCCGUGUGUUUUUAUAGACAAAAAAAAAAUUCCGUGUUCAAAGUUUUGUAGAGUUUUUACUGCAGGAAGCACACUAGAAAUAUUUCUGGAAUGGUAUUGUGUUGCAGGGAGAAAGCCAAUUACGCGAGAGAAAACUAAACCGCAAGCAGCAACGGUAAUUAGUUUGCGAUUUUGGUUUGUUCGCGUGCCCAGAUCUUUGUUGUGAUUGGUCACAACAAGACCGCGGCAAAACGUCUACGCAUGCGCCGGGUUGAGCAUUUCCGGUCACUUUUCAGUCACGCUUUCCUGUCAAAGUCUCCCACGCUUACUUCGUGAGUGUAGCCUGCAUUUUGUUGGUCUGCUUCAUGUUGUCAUUUGGUUGUUUUGAAACUGCUUUUAUGGAUGACCAGGAAAAAAUUAGUCGCUUAGAUUCAGAAAAGGUAUAAUACAUUGUCUAAUUUUGGCUAAUUUCAGGAGUUUUUAUCACAACACGUACACACAAAUUAUUCCUGAGAUAUUUUAGUUGUUCGCGGUUUUCAGUAGUCUGCUACACAGCCGUUCUUUGGGUCGUCACGCAACGCUCCUUCCUUCCGUGAGGAAACAGAAAACGGCUUCUUAGCAGACUUGGUUUUCAGAGUUUGACAGUUAUUUUCAUUGCCUUCUCUGAACUUAAAUGAAAACGUUACUAACUGCUGGUUCGACACUCACAUUUUUUUCAGCCUCGCAAGUGCAGGAAAAGAUUAACUGUAAAUAGAAGACAUGUAUUUAAACUGUCCUUUUCCGCCAAGGGAUCAUCAAAUUCUCCAUGUUACCUCUUUCAAGCACCUUCCAAAGGCGCCAUGUAUAGAUGGUAGGUCUCUAACACAAACUUACUACAAUACAGGAUCUUUCACGUCCGGAAAGUUUUACGUCAAAAGCUCUAGACUAGAAAUACAAAACAAAACAUUCAAAAGAGUUCUUCGUAAAUUGCUUUUUGAUAUCUUAGAUGAAGAUAAUUAUAAUGAAAUCCCCGUGGUUAUUAAAAAGUUAGUCUAUGUAAAUAGAUAUACUUGUUAAAUUUUUAAUUUUUGCUUUUCCUUUCAUUGUUAUUUAUCUUCACGAGUGACUCCUUGUCUUAGUGCAUUGUUAAAUAAUUAAUUGAGUACGUGAGUAAGUACUGAGUAGUUAAGUAAAUCACUGAACUUCUUUGUUUUUUUUUAUUAUUAUUUAUUUUAAGUUGCAAUCUGCAAGGCUUUGUAAAGUGUAGGGUUUUUUGAUGUUAGUAGAUAUGGUACUGACGUAAUUGUCUUGCCCCACCACGACUAGCUUUCAAGUUAUUUGAGGGGCAAGCUAUUUAACUGUUGUUGUUGUUGUUGUAACGUCGUCUAGGAGUGAAGACUACCCAGAAAAUGAAAAACAGAGUAGAGAAGCGAAAAUAACUAUGGGGUAGGGGGUGGGUUGGUGUUGUUGGAGUUGGCGAGAAAGCGAAAAAUCAAAGUCAAGCUUAAUGUAUUCUCUCACCAUCAAAGAUGGAAAGCGAGCUACAUGUUAUUUUAACAAUAUUCUUCAGGAAGCAAAGUCCCGCAGCGAAGUUGAUAUCAGCUUAUUACAUUUUUAUGCAUUUGUUUCGAUAGGAUGAGCAAAAUUGAAGAGGGCAUUGAUAUAGCAGACAAACCACAGGUGUGUGACACAACGUGAGCUAGUUAUACACUUAUAACUGGUCAGCGUCAAUUUAUGAACGUAAACUACGUAAGAGUCAAUUCUGACCACCAAUUUUUACCCCUGAGUAAAAACCUUGCCGAUUUUUAGUAGAAAAUACUCAAUCUUUCCUCAUUAUACUAUCUCAUCAAGCAUUCGACUUAUCGUUCUAAUAAGAUAAAAUUGUUAGUUAGGAAGAUAACAACCGGGAAAUCUAAAAGUUAGUCGCCAUCAGGUGUUCAGGAUUCGUAAGUUGUUUAGCUUGAUCAAGGCGUUCAGAUAAUGUAGCCUGAGUCGCAGACAUUGAGUUCUAUGUCUGGGUCUUGAGUGACAAGUCCGGCUGCCACGCAGGCUAACUUAAUGUGGACGGUGCAAAGUAAAGUGAGCAGGAAAAAAAACACCGAGGGGGUGGGGCUAGGGGAAAGAGGGUGAGGUCUGUCACCGUUACUUGAUUGACAACGUUCAAGAACAAAAAAUAUUUCAAACCCUAGCAGAGUUCUAUCUAGGAUUUAUCGUUUGGGGGAGAAGUCCUGAGUGUCCAAAGGCGAGAAGCUUCCAAGGGGGGUCUCCUGGAAAUUUUUUGAAAUGAAAAUGCGCUGAGAUGCAAUCUGGUGCAUUUUGAGACAUAAUUUUGAGAAAUGUUAUAGUGUGUGCACUGAUCUCGUCACGUCUGGAUGAUUUUCACGAUAUAAUUACUCAUAUACUGUAAUAAUAACAAUAUUUUGGGGGGGAGAAGCUGGGCAUUUUGGGGGGGGGGGAAGCUUCUACCUCUCAAAUACCCUAGAUAGAACCCUGCCUACGGUCGGAUUACAAGCCGACAAAGUGAGCGAAAUGAGACUUCAGCUGAAAAUAAAUUACACAGGUGUACCAUCCUCUCUCCCUCUCAUUUCCCUUCUUCCGCUGUUUUUCCUCUGCUCUCCAUUUUGCGUCAUUCGCCACUGUCUAAACGCCUGGAACAGGUUACAUAUAUAUAGUGUUGUUCAGUGUUAACUUCUUGAAAUGUUAUUUGCUAUACUGUGUUUACUGCACUUCAUGAUCAGUUAUGUUCACUUUUUCUGUUCUUUUUAUUUCAUUACUGACUGGACUGACUUGUAUUACGGCAGAAUGAAUCAGCAACAGGUAUUUUUUUCACGUCAAAUGAAACUUUUUUUAAUAGAUUGUUAUUGUACUAUCAUAGUUACUUUCGGCUUUCAGUCAGUAAAUUUCUUGACAAAUGGUGUUUCAAUUUUGUACAAAAUUGUAACCUUAGAAGUAGGUCGAGGGCGGGGCAGGGGAGGUUAGUUUAAAGCGCAGGGUUAUGAACGAUAAGUAAGAUUUCUGAGGGAUAGGGGGUGAGGAGGGAUCAGGGAAUUCUUGAAUUCGAUCUUGUAUAGGUAUUUCACUUCCUGGAAACUCUAGGCCCCAGCACUGGAUAAUGCAAUAAAAGUGCUCCAUUGUGUUAGUUUCUUUAUUUUGCCUCAGUUGAAAGUAGUUCAACCGUAGAUCAUGUGGCAAUAAAUCUUCGAACAUUGUGGUCAUACUUGUCAGUUCCAUUUCAUUGCUAGUAUCCCUGGGUUAUUUUUGUAGUAUUAGUAGCGAUCGCAGUGAUAGGCUAAACUUUGAUUUCUUUUCUUUCAAAACUAUUGUUAACACUUGUAAACCGCCCUCAGAAUGGUAACGUGCCUUUAAGUUCAGUUGAUGUUGGCAUGUUACUACACCGUAAUAACUCAGUAGUAGUAAACGUUGCAGUGAAAGGUAAUUAAAUAACUUUUAAACUCUAUUUUCUCUUAAAUAAACUAAAAUAACUUAACAAGACAGAGAGUCGGAAUUUAACAGUUUGUUGUUAUCUAAAUUCAAGACUCGAUAAGGAGAUACUUCAUUACAUUGAAUUAUAUACACAAAGUGGAAGAGUUUCUGUGUCUGUUAAUAAUUAAUGCUUUGAUUCUUGAUCUUGUUUUUAGUUGUUUCGGCUUUAACUUCAGCUCUAACCUAUUUGAGAGGUUUUUCAUUUAGUAAGUUAUCAGUUCUUUUACGAAUAAAGGUCUCAAAGUCACUCUUUGUGUAAUAGAAACCAACCAUUAUAUUUUCAACUGCACUUUUCGCUCAAUCCUAAUCAGUCUAAGUGUACCCCUAAAGGUUCUUUAAAUGACUUGAUUAUUUGAAACUUAUUCCAUUGGUCCUUGACGAAGUCUGUCACUGAUGUCUGAUUCAUUUUUGUAUUCGUGUAUGGGAAGUGACAGUGAAUUCACUGCCCUGAUCCAUCCAUGAACGUUUUAGUCUGAAAUGCGGGGUGCGCGAAGAGACGGAUGAUAUUUCAGACUAUGAAAUUUUUUACGAGGUUGAUUUUUCUUGAAUUUUGGCAUACUCGUCUGAAAUAUAGGUUGAACCGCUUUUUUCUUGAAUUUUGGCAAUACGCCCUCAAUCUAAGCAAAGAAAAAUAAAUAUCAGAGAUCCGAGACAAACAAAUAUGUUUCAAACUGACCAAAUAUUGAAAAAAGUCGUUUUCAAAAACCCUAAUUUCAAUCCGUUUCAACCGCUUAUCCGUGGCAUCUGUUGUUUCUUUUAUGCUAUUUUAACCUUCCUUUAAAUGCGGUUAUUUUAUGACGGGCAUUUUGAAUUCUAAGUUAAGCUCCUUUUGCAUAUAAUCGUUCAGUCAAUGAUAUAAUCAAUGGGGGUAUGCUCGCUUGACCGGCUUUGGCUUUAAACUCAAAUUGCACAGGUCCACCUUCUAACAAAAUAUUGGUUCAUUUAAACUCUCUGAGUUUGCUCUUUUCUAACCAUCUAAUUUUCUAGGUGCAGACUUCUGUACCUUAAAUCCUCAAAUAAGCGCCCAGAGAGCAUGGUGUUGGCAUAAAAAUAAUCUUGCAAAUAGCCUGCGUAGCUGGCGGAAGUGUAUUUGCGCGUGUGAGAGUGCUGGUGGUCAGGCCGCCAAGCGAGCGCUCUCACACGUGAGAAAAUUCAAAGAGUCUACCCCCAUUCUCCGCACAGCUUCGCAGCUCCUCUGCCAAAACUUUCCUCGCGCGAACGGUCCCGCCGGCUAUGCUGUCUAUUUUGCAAAUGACGAGCCAAAGAGGGUGGGAUAAAAACAACGUACUUAUUUUCGAGGCGAAGAGAUUUUCUCUUUGAGUUUACCCGUGAAAUACGAUAAUUCGGGAUUAGAGCUCAAGAUACCACGACGGAACCACUGGCUUAAGUAGGGGCCUGGGCGUAAUUCGAUUACUUGCGCUCAACUUUCGUUGUUUUAUUUUUCACCAAGAAAAGAAGUGCGGAGCUAUUUUAAGACAGAGAAGUGCUUGUUUCAAAUUUACAUUUAAGCAAGGGCGAUUAUUCCAGUGAGAGGCGUUUAUUUGACGAUGUAGGGUAUGUCUAGACCUAAUCUAAAGAUUUAACAAGUUAGGAAACUAAAAGCACGUAAAAUAUAAAUGAUUACCACUAAUGGAGCACUUCAAUACACACUCCUCAAAUAUUGUUUUCUUAGAUUAUACUUAAUUAUUUUCGUUCUUUAGGAUAGUGUAAUUCACUUUUAUCAGCUUAUUUUGGUUUGUAAUGACAGAGGUGUAAAUGUGUUGGGCAUAGAAUUAUUUUUAUUUCUUUGAAGUCAAAACAGACUGGUUUUAAACGUGAGAAUUUUCAGUCAGUGUGGACGUGUGCAAUUUCAUGUAGCAUGGCCAGGAAGGGAACAGUCAAGUUGUCAUUUUAUCGGUGCAUUUGAGUAGAAAAUGUUUAACAGACAAAUGAGAGGAAAACGUGUCAACUUGACCCUUCGUUCUGUAGCGUGGUUGAAGAGCUUUCCGAUUCGUGGAAUUUAUUUUGGAUUAGAUGGUACAGUCUCCGCUUUACGGACACUCGCCAAAUACGCCUCAUUAUUACGGACAAUUUGCUGGGGAAAGACAAUUUUUUCUGUAAAUUCAACCCGCUUAAUACGGACACCCCGUUAAUACAGACACUUUCUAUACCCCUCUCAGAGUCCGUAUUAAAGGGGUGUGACUGUACACAUCUGCCCUCCCUUUUGCAUCCCUGUCAUUACCAAGAUGAUAUUUUGAAUCGCUGCAUGAUUUGUUUCGUAGUUCUGGUGAUUGUAUUGAAAUGAUGAAUAUAUGAGUUUCAUAUAUUUGAACUGCGGGAUGAAGAAAUAUAUGCAGCGAAGAUCAUCACCGUUAAAUACGCAACUUAUGUCAGGGAAGCGCUCUAGGCAACUGUGCUAACAAGCCAACUGGUCAUUGAGUUGGUUCGUAAGAGACCCGGGAAAGAUGAUUGGAGAUGAAAUGAUGAAUGGUCGCUUUUAUACUAGAGGACGAAAUAUCCGUCUGGACGAACUUGGGCAAACAUUUGUAGUUCGUCUGGUUAUGCGUCUCAAGCAUAAAGACGGGCACAAGACGUAUUGUGCGUUUGGACGAACUUUCCUUCGCAAUACGUCUUGAACGACGCACUACGAAAAGUAGUUCGUCUGGACGCAUAAUGCGUCUUGUGCCCGUCUUUAUAGUAAAGACGCAUAACCAGACGAACUACAAAAUGUUUGAUCAAGUUCGUCCAGAGGGAUAAUGCGUCGUCAGUAUAAAAACGGCCAAUAUAUGAAUUAAAUAUAUUUGAACUACGGGAUGAAGAAAUUUCACCCAUAUCGCAGAGAUAUGGCAGGGUUCGAAUUCCGGCAAGCCUGAAAAUUUUCAGGCUUACUUUUCUCAGCGACAUAAGUUGCGUAUUUAAUUGUGUUGAUCAUCUUCUCUACGUUUAUGUGAUUGUUCUGUUUUUUGUCCUCCUUUUUUUUUACUUCAUGCUUAAGUCAUGGCUGUGUUACUAUCUCUUUUUCAGACAAGAGACUGAAAGAAGCCAAACUUCUAUCCAUGGAGCAGCGUAGAUACCAUGCGGUUCCCGAAAUGUAAGUUUUUUACAGGAAGUGAGAACCUAUGAGAACACAUAAUGCGCACCCCUUUCCUUGCCUCCAAAGGUCUGCUUGCAAAGUACUUAAAGUUAAAUAAACCGCGUGCACAGUUAGCAAGUUCCCUUUUUGAUGCAGCAUCGCAACUGGGAUUUCACACUGUUUUCACCAGAUAGCGUACCACUAUUUACUCGCGCACGCGCUUCCGUUUAACGUCUAUAUGACAACUGCGUACUUAAACGGCUUUAUAUACAGUAAAGACGGGUCAGUCACGCGCCCGAAAGGCCUGUUUUUAUUACACUUUUUGAUAUUUUGUUACAAUAUCGUACUAUAAGUUAAAUUGUACACGACCCGGCUUUGGCUUAAUGGUUACAUGUAACGUCCGAAAUCUCAAAAACAACGGGCAAUACAGUGGCUCGAGGCGUGGGUCUUUAAUUAGAGACCUUUAGAUUCUACGACAAGUACGAGAUUUUCUCAAUAGUAAGUAGUGCUCGCGUGUGAGGCAGCGUCAUUUUGGCCGGAAAACGUAGUAGCCGUCAUCAUUCUACUACGAGUUUUAGCGAGAAUGUCGUUGUGGCGGAAACGAGUUAUCAAAUGUUAGAAGUUGUAGCAUUUUGCAAUCGGGAGAGGGCUUAACCUCCUUCAAUAACGAUAACAGUGCUUACUUUUCUGGUGAAUAAAGGUACAAUGAAGACUUCCGGGGUGUAUAUUGUUUUGACAAAACACGAAAAAACUUUAAAUCAAAUCUCGUACUUGUAGUCGUUCUUGUCGCCGAAUCUUAAGGUCUCUAAUAACUCAGUUCACGUAAGUCUAGCAGUCAAUAGCUGUCUUUCUACUUGGGAUUCAUCGUCACUGCACAAGGCAUUUCUUACAGUGGGAGACAGUUGAUAUUUCUUCUACCUUAACUGUGGGACGAAAUGCUUAACUGCCCCAUGAUGAGCUUGCUGAAGCCACAGACUGGAGAUGAGCAAAUGUUCAUAGCUGAGUGAAAGCCCAUACUUACAAAUGAUGCUGUUAUUGCACCUUUUGUUUGAAAAGUUGCAUCAUUUUAAGUUUUUCAGUCACACUGAAAAUAAAGACCAAUUUCGAUACACUAAAAUUCAUACUUGGUUUCGAGACUUGGGAAUUAAAACGGGUUACCUUGUAUUUCAGGGAAAAGCACUGAAUACAUUUCCUUUGUUUUUCUGAACCAAGUAUGAAUAAUUAUUACGAAUUGUAAUGUAAUGUAAUGUAAAUUGUAAUGUAUUGACUAUUGAACUUCUUUUCAGGGGUUUUCAUUAUUCAAGAGAUGAUGUUGACUCCGGAAUGGAAGGUAUUUACUACACACAAAGCGAAUGUUUGUACAUUUAAAUUUGGUGAGAUCUUAGACAGAGUUGUUAAUUUUCCUGCAGGAGACGUGGAAGAAGCUUACGAUGCGUCGAAGAAAUUUCCAGGAAAUCCUCAUCUGGACAGUUUGAAGGUCAGGAAACUGUUGUUAACUCAAAUUUAGCAGCCUUUUCUUUCGACCUGUUCACUGCUUACAGCCUAAGCACUGACAGAAACGUUAUACAAAGUAGAAACGUAUGAGUAGCGACACUGGAAAAUAUUAUUGAGUAGAUUGUAUUUCACUUGGUUGUACUAACCCUGAGCAAAGCAUAAACAGCUGACUUGUGAGCACCGAAUCUUCAGUCCUAUAGCUAUCAUCCACUUCAUCCAGAGUCUGGGUGUGGACUUUCUUGCAUUGCUUUGUGGCAUUCUUUCUCAAUACAGUCGACUCUCUCUUAACGGACACCUGUAUAAGACGGACACCUCUUUAAAACGGACACCUAUAGUUGGUCCCUGCCUUUCUUUACUCCCUUAAUUUGACUCGCUAUAAGACGGACAGUGAGUGGCUGUCCCAAAGGUCUCCAUUUCAGAGAGUCGACUCUUAAGGUGAUGUUACACGGGACGAUUCGUAACUACGAUUUUUAGCGCAGCACAGCGUUGCAAUGUCGGAACAAUGUUGUAACUAUUCGAAUCAAUGUCGCAGCAAUGUUGCAACACUGUUUUGCGCUAAAAAUCGUCGUUGCGAAUCGUCUCGCGUAUCUUUACUAUCCUCAAACAUCCUCAAAUUGUAUUCGUUAUAGUAUGUAUCUCGAUUAUUUCUGGAAGUGCAAUUAUUUAUUUCAUUGUAUGUUUACUUGUUAAUGGUAGAAACGUCUGCAGGAAAUGGAGGACCUUGUAGUACAACUGAAAAAGGAAGAAGAGGCCUUUUUAGGACCAAAUGAUUCGAAAAGUAAGUUUUUCCUUUAAUGCAAAAUGCAAACUACUUCGUUUCUUAGUCAUGUUAACAGCUGUCAAUUGAUCUUAAACCGAUCGUUCUUUAGUUACUUUCAUGCGUCUUUUUGCCAGUAUUCCCUCUGCUAGAAUCAACGCGCUUUCGAGUUCAAGCGUUUCAGACUUUUUUCAACUCGAAGCGGUUAAUCUGUCUGCUGCGUUUCAAGAAAAUAGAAAUAAAAGCUAGAUAGAUGUGAGGUCAUGGUAUGAGCUUCAGAUGAUGACAUUCUGCUUAAAGACGAUGUUUCAUUUUUUUUUUCUUGUUUUCAGUGAUAAAAAGAUGCGAGUUUAAGUCAACAACGAGCACAGACUACUUCUUGGUACCAGGUCAUCCGCGCUCGUUUAUUCCUAAAGGAACUGAACUGACGAUACUCGGGCAAAUGCCAAACGGUCGCUGGCGAUGCUUUGUUGAGCUGCCAAAAAACAAGUUUACGAUUCUCACAAAUGGAAAUCACUGGGAAACAUCUUCUGAAGUGGAGAGUAUUUCAUCGUUUGACAUCAGCGAGGAAGGCGCGAUUCUUAACUCGAGCUCAAAAACUGAAACUUUUAUAGGAAGUGUGCCAAGUAGUCUGCUCGUUGAACUGAGUCUUCCCUCAGUUUCUAAACUGAAAUAUGAAGACGGGACGCCCAUUGCCUCCCCAGGGGACACCCCACAAUUAUCCCCCUUCCCCUCUCCUCCUCAUUCGCCCUAUUCCAGGCACAAAAACAACAGAGAUUCCUUGCCGAAUAAUAAGCGAAGUUCUUUACGUCGAUCUAUCGCGAGUGAAAAUCUAAGUGAACAGGACAUCUGGGAGCAGUUUUGCAUACCCUCCCCUCCCUCGUCGCCUGCUACGUCGCGGUCGACCACUCCGUCGCUCUCGCGCUCAAAUUCAUCUGGAGCAUCAUUGGAGAAUAUUGAUUGUGAUCAUACAACUGAACAUGAGAAAAGAUAUGCGGGCGCAAGUAAGGGAAAUGAGCAAAUGGAAAACGAAAAUGUGGGAAGUGAAGGAAUAGGAAACAAAGAUUACUCUCAAGUCGCUCUUAGGCGAAGAAAAGAAGACAGUGAAGGAAGAAAUACUUUGAAUGUGAAAAGUCAUAGAGAAGCGAUUCUUAUGAAUGAUGAUGUGCCAGAAACGUACAUUGGUAGUGAUUCGGAAGAUGAUAGGAUGGUUACAGUUAUAGAUGAAGUUCCACCGCAUGAGGCUGAAGAAGCUUUGAGAGCGGAGAAAGAAACUGUUAAAAUGCGCGUAAAGAAGAACACACCACGGCGUGAGUUUGGUGAGUCAAUAUCCAGUGUUUCGGAAGAAAAUAAGCGCGGGAAUGUUCAGAUUUCAUUCAGUUGUACGUAAUGGUUUUAUGAGGCUGUGUCGCGGCUGUCAAGCUCGUUUUGUUUUAGACUGCAAAACAGUCGGUUUUUUCUCAAAAUCAGUAAAGAAAUCGGUAAAGCGUGGCGUAGCUCUUGCGCGCGCGAGCCUCACACGCCCGUAGAACGUGUGAGGCGCGAAAAAAAUUUUUAGCGUCUCUCCCCAGUCUCACUCUCUGUUUUCAGUCUCGAUCCAGACCUUUUGUUUGACUGCUCGCGCGUACUUGAAUACGCAAAAAUACGGACUGUUUUGCAGUCUAGUUUUGUUUUAAUUGUUACGGAGUUUAAGCAGCGACGUUUUUGAGCAGCACGUCAACCGGAAGUGAGCCUUUUUGUCUUUUUAAAUGCCAUGACGCUACCAUAUUUGUAUUGCUAAGUGUCUUUACCCUUAGUGACGAUUUGCCCUAAAAUUUGUUCAAAAUCGUGGCUCAAGAGUGUAAAAACUCCACUUCCGGUCGACGUGCGUCGCUUACAAACGUCGCUGCUCAAACUCCCUAUUAACCCUAUUAAGUCCCAAUAGUGGCCAACAUCAAUUUUCUCCUGACAAUAUCCAAACAAUGUCAAGAGAUUAGGUUAUGAGAAUUAACAAAAUGAUCACUUAAGGGAAAAUGCUUUGAUUUUUUAUCAAAUUCUCUCAAUCCAUUCAUGAAAAAAAUGUAUAGAGAUCAGUUUGGAGAAUUUGUAUGUGGAUAUUGGGGCUUAAAGGGUUAAUAUUAUUGCCAGAGACACACCCUUAUUCGGAAUGGAGUUUAACGUUAGCAAAGAAAUUGCCUGCAAAUGGCAAGUUCACUUCUUCAUGUUAAACACUAGACAGUCUGUCUCCCAUGCAUUCUAUUAAACGUUCAAGACAAAAAGAAUGAACUUUGAAAAACCGUUACGCUAACAAGUUUUCAAAAAUCCGUUUCAGUCUUCUUCAAGUUUGUCCAUCCGUACCUCCUUUGUAUUUGCUGUGCUACUUACACCUUUUAAAAUGUUUUGAGCCAUUAUUUUUAUGUUUCACUCGAAUCAAUAUAGGUUUCUGAGAGACUGCCCACCUGCCCAGGGGUUUCAAUAAAAAUUGAAGUAGCCAGUAGGUUUGAAAAAAGUAACCGACUGUAUCGAAAAGAGGCUUACUCCCCUUCUUAUAGAGGGGUCUGGGGGCGUGCGUCCCAAUAAAAUUCCGAAAUUUCAUUGCCCUAAAAUGCGAUUUCCAGCGUUCUGGCAACUAAAGUGAGUACAAAAGAUAAUAUAUUUUUGAUCAAUUUUGGACCAGUAAUGCACUUUAUGUCGCAAAUUUUUCUUAAAUAUUUUAAAUCUGAAUCAAAAAUACUGUCUAGGUCCAGCAAAUUGAAUUUUAAUAUAAGUUUUGACAGAAUCUUUCUUUAAUCUAAUACUUCCAGCUUCCAUUUUAGGGGAAAAAGUAGCCGACUUCUGUGAUCAAAGUAGCCGACAUGUUUUGUCGGUCGUCGGUGUCUGUUGAAACCCCUGCCUACCCCUCCCCUAAGCCAACAUUUUACCGUAAGUGAGAAGUUAGCUUAGGAGAGGGGUAGGUGGGUAGUUUCCCAGAGACCUAAAUUGAUCCUUUCACUCAAUUUGGUAACGUUUCCCACUCUUUGAAUUUUGAUACAUUUCGUGGCAAAGCUCCUUUAUGUUCAUGACGAGUCUUUUUUUACUCUGAAGAUGACUAACGCACGGAUUUUCGAAAAGUCAGUUGCUGUUAAAAACAGUCCUAUUCAGGACUACGUUCACCUGGACGAUCAUACUCAACCUACUUAUCAUAUGAAAUUACUCCUGGGUUCAAACCUUUCAUAACAUGCAGAUUGUCCUUAUUUUACAGACGCUGAGUCACCGGGUGGAGUGCGGCCAAACUAUGCUUUUCUGGUGACCAAAAAAUUAAGGCAACGAGGAAUAAGCUUAAUCGUGGGAUCGUCAAGUUCAGGUGAGUACACUAUGAGGGCGUUUCCCACCCACUCCAUUCAUUGAUUUGAUUUGAUUCAUUUAUUCAUUUAAUUGGUUGACUGUCGCUACAGAAGGAAGGGAGCCAGAAUCGCCCUUUAUUUUGAUGCAGAGUCGGUGGUCUAUUGGUAGUGUCAAACAAUUCAUAGAUACCAGUUGUUGGAUCGACGGAGCUCCCAUCGGUUACAUCGUCACCACAAUAAGAUAGAAAAUUAGCUGACGUUUCUAUCGUUACGACCGUUUGUUUGAGGAAGGCUUAAGUUAGAAACGAUAGAGACGAUAUAGGGUUUCAUUGGGCCUGAAGAGACGAACAAAGAAUCUUUGUCUGUAUAGGCAAUAUGAUCAUAGCACUAGUUUUUUUUCUAAUGAGAUCGUUCUUAUGGGAGCUAUGUUGCGUGAAUAUUGCUGUUCAAGGUCAAUUCUGUGCUAAAGUCACUACUGUACUUACUUCUUUACCCAUACACAAAAUGGGCCUUUAGUGUUAUGAAGAAGAUAUCUGACAAAUCUCAUCAGGGAGCGAGGGAGCGCUAACCAUGAUAUUUUUGUGGGUGAUUUUUGCAGACACAUCGCAUUAAAACUUGAAGAAUGUGGCUCAAAUUUUUCAAGUUUCAAUCCAUGGCCAUCCUUUCCAUCCCUUGCAACAGGCGACAGAAAAUAAUUUCAGUGUCUUAAUAUAGUGUUAAAUAACAAAACUGGACCAUUAUUUUUGCAAUUCAAUUGAUGCGAAGAAACGUGUUAGCUUUUUAGAAAUAUAGUGCGUAGCAAGUGCGUAAUCCCUUGAUGCAAUCAACCGGCAUAACAUAACAAGGUGGCCUAACAAGGUUCUUGCCAAUAGUUGUAGUACUAGACCGAAAAGAGAAGGGUAAACGCUUUUGAUAAAACAAUUAUAUUGAUACAGACUAAAUGUUUCAUUUGAAAAGGGAACUUCGCUUACUGUCUUUGGCCUUUUUUUCUGGUUUCCGUAAUUAGCAAAACAGAAUAUGAAAAAGUUCCACUUGACAGCUAAAUCAAUAAACGGAGGCCGAUCUUGUUAUCAAGACGUCAUGUUUUGAGUGGCUAUAUUUAAAGCUGCAUUUAUUAACCUCCUCCGUCGCUACAAUCGUAUAAAGUAUUUCCGCUUCCAAAUUCUGGACUCUCUUGUUUUGAGCAAUUCUGUUGCCAAAAACAAUAAGCAUUUUACAUCUCAAUUUAAAUCCCUCCACUUUUGUACUGAAAUUCAUCGUAAGGGUAGGCCACUAAUAUAAUUUUAAACUUAAUAAUUGUCGUAAAUAAAUUAUUUUUAUCUAAUCCUCACUUGACUUAUAUUCUGUCCACAGAAGAAGAAGAUGACGGUGAUACAGGUGAAAGAUAAUUAAUUUACUAUUUGCUUAAUUGUAAGAAAAACAAGUAGUAUAAUCCUUCACUCGUCGGACGGCGCUGUUCUUUUUGUCAUUUACGUUUUUGAUUACAUGAAUGACAGGGAACCUUCAUUUCUGACAAUUAAAGUUUGGGUAAAGUAAAUUCAGAAAGGCACUACAAUCAAACACCGCUUUACGGACACUCGCUUAAUACAGUUUGCUUCGUCCUUUCGUCCCUGCUUCGUCUCUAAAUUCAGCCCGAUUAAUAAGGACACUUUCUACGGCCCCAUCAGUUUCCGUAUAAACGGAGUUUGACCCUACUGUGACUUGUUCCAUGUUGUCACUUGUUGUGUUGAGUAGUACACACUUCGAACAAACCUUGCGUUACGUGGUCGCUUACAAGAGGUUUAAAAACAGCUAGAAAACCUUCAUCGCCCAAAAGUAGUCGCGGUUGCUACUUAAGGCGGUAGCCAACUAUAGGGCUUCGACUGGGAAAAUCUUGUUGCUCACGGGAGGUGGUCGCACGUGGAGUUCGGAAGUAGUUUUAACUAUUAGUUUCUUGCUAACAACAACUUUUGGUCAAAUUAUGAGGGGGCUUUGACUGGGAAAACUUUGGUGUUUACGAGAGAUGGUAGCACAUGGUGUUCAGAAGUAGUUACUAAUACUUAGUUGAUAACAAUAACCCUUUGUCGAGUUAUAUUUGUUGUUAUCGUUGUUGUUGUUGUUGUAAAGUGUCCCAGUUGGGAGGUCGCCUAAGACCAGCCAGUAGUUUCGACGCUUUCUAAAUAAAGUUAUUUGUUGAUCAAUAGCUUCAGGAUAUUCUUCGAAGCUGUCGCUAAGGUGAGUGGGUUGCCUCUGUAGGACUAAAAAACAAUGUUUAGCGCAUUCAGUAUUAUCACAGUGUUCAUCAAAAUGGUUUAACUGAUUUCUUGAAGAGACAGCAUCAUGUUAUUUCAAUUAUCUGUGGGUUUUGUCCUUACUGCGAGAGAUUUUUCUCCGGGAUUUGCAGUUUUCUCUCCUCAUUACCUAACACUUCCAAAGUUCCCGUUCUAUCGUGUACGAACUCUCGUGAUUUCUGUGGGGUUAACAAGGUACAUUUUAAAUAUCUUUGGGUCGAUCUAUUUGUUUGUCGUGAUGUAGUGAUUGGCUACAGAGAAUUUUUCUUGUCAGUGGUUACAAAACAAACACUUCCCAAUUCCAGUUCUUCCUGGAACGCAGGAACUCUCGCUAAGUGAGGUCUUUAGGGCUUUGGCUAUUUUUGGAGGAGUAAACAAUGUACAUUUUUAUUGUUUGUACGUCUGUCUAUUUGAUUACCGUGAUUCGUGAUUGCCUGAAGAAGGGAUGGUUAGAACACGGUGGGAGAAAUUCUCUUUUUUCCCUUUUUUUAAAUGAAUUAAUCUAUUUUUCUCCAGGGAACAGCAAUCUUACUGGGACCAAAGUUCGCAGGCAUUGUCAAGUUGCGGGUUAAAUUACAUUUUUCUUAUCUUUCGUUUCAGACGUUUGGAUGCAGAAUUUACGCGUUAUGAAAAAGAGGAGGCUGAGGGAGGUAUGGAUUUCAUUUCUUCUUGUUUACUUCAGCCACGUAUCCUAUUAUCUGCAGUGUCUUGUACACCCAUUGUUUAUGUACGUAAGAAAGUUCGGAUCUAUUUAGGUUUCUAGGCAACUUCCCAACAACCCCUCCCCUAAGCCAACAUUUCCUAUUUAUAUUCACGACUAAGAGACGGGAAUGGGUGUGCAGCUCGAACUAAGGAGCCUGAGUGUUUAAUGCCGUCCAAAUAUCAUACAAAGUUCAACAUCAUAACUAAAGAAUGGUAUACAAAUAUGCCUAAAUAAAGUCACUCAGGCUAAACUAUUCACGUGCGCCGCCUGAUACGAAAACCCAAAAACCCAAUGGGAAAAAAUUGGGAACGUAUUCCCCAACCGAUGCGGUCGCACAACCUCUGGGGGUUAAAGGUAAAAAAUCGAUCGAUAGAUGAAUAAAGUAAGAUAUAAAAAUAAAAGUUGAUAGUUCGAGAGCUGAGAUGAAUACAUUACAACUGUCAAAACCUUAUAUACCUAAUAACAAUAGAGUCAAUUAACGCCAUAACGGCUCACGUGCGAUCAUACCAAUAGGAAAGUAUUUACAUUCUCUGUCACUGCCACUACGUUUAGCUCCGCCGAAUGUAAAUACAUUUCCUAUUUAUAUUCACGACUAAGAGACGGGAAUGGGUGUGCAGCUCGAACUAAGGAGCGGCUGAGAAAAACAAAGAACGGGAAACAAUUACAGUCCAAGAGACAUAGAGACCGCUAAUCGGCUCUCUAGCGAAUCUGCAACGUAGCCAUCCUUAGCGUUUUCCGAACGCCAUCUACCGUGGCGCUUAAACAUUCUAUCAGAGAUACCACCAUUAGCGGCGGCAGAUGCACCGCCACUUCUGAAGCUGUGCCAAGAGAAAGACUUAGGAUCUAAGCCUACGUCUGCAAUCUUCUUCAGUAAAACUUCUCUACAUCUUGUAUAAGACAGUUUGGAGCCUGGGCGGAUGGACUGAGAGCCAGACUUGGUUUGAAUAUUUCCGAACAAAUAGUCGUCUCCACCUUGGGAAGAUGUCGGUAACGUGAGUUUGGCUUGCGAUAAAUACUUCUCUAAAUUACCCCAGGGGCAAAGAUCCGUGCCAGACUUGACAAUGGGGACAAUAGUGCCCUCGCGAUAUUGAUCAGUUUUACUGCUUUCUAUAAAAAGUUCAAAAUGAGUGUCAUGCAGCGCUAAAUCCUUAAGCUUCAGAUUAGACAAUUCAUCAAAUCUUAAGAACCCCGCAAAGGCCAAUAACGCCAUGGCCAUGAAUCUUGUGUCCACCAAAGAUCCAUCGAGACUCUGAAACAACUUUUGUAAAAUAUCGGGUGUAAUGGGGAGCUUUUUUGAAGUAAGGUGUAGUAGCCUUCUCUUAGCGGACUCCACGACCUUCAGGGGAAGUGUAUGAUUGGUAGGAGACUCGAAACCAGCAAUAUCAUGAGCCCAGCGAAUGCUAUAGAAAGCGUUCUGGACCGGUGCAGGAGAACUAGAAGCCUGGAGAACACUGAGCAGGUAUAAAGAAACAUAAACCGGAGUAGCAGGCAGCACUGCGACCUCGGGAAAUCUGUUGGCCCAAGCACGCCAUCGCUUAAAACCGUUGAGGUAGGUGAGAGUAGUGGAAUCUGCCCUGGAACCAAGGACUAUCUCCGGUAGCUUUUCUGCUAAGCAGCGUAGGGAGGGAGCUUUGACAUCGUUAAGCUCAGCCCACAUAGGGCUAGCGAAAACAUCUGAAAAUACAGAAGAAAUAGAAGACCAUAUGGAUUCAAUGUAAGGACUUAAAAAAGGAAAGAUGCACGAGAAAAAAAGGAGCGGUAAAAGGAAACGCACGUAAUAAUUAUGUAGAUAUAACUAUCACACAGGUACAUAGGAUAACAAGAGAGCGACCACCGAGGCGCACUCGACCAUAUAUAUGGGGGAGCUGGAAGGAUAAAAAACUGACCGAGGUCACACAAAAAUGUAACGGUACGACCCGUCGGGAUCAGUGAAGGUACAAACAAAGGUCACCGAGACCCGCAUAAAUGCCACCGAGGCAAAAGAAAAAACAGAACAAAUCACUCAAAAUAAUAAACCACACUUUAAUAUAGGCUAAACAAGGUAACUACACGUAACUGCGGAAAGGAAACUAAGCCUAGAAGAACAAAACUAACAAGCCGACAAACGGACGGCUAAUACAUGAGACUUAAAUUUAGGGCCAUCAAAAAUAGACUCUGUCGAGCCCGGAACAAAAAUAUAAGAAACAUUGGUAAAAACAAUGGUCUCUUUAACGCAAACGGAAAAGGGGGAAUGGGGACCAAAGAGCAUGGGCCAAAAUGGAGCUGAGACCCAUUUGGGGACAAUAAGAGUGCCCAUAGACCUACAUACAAACAAAUGCCUAAUAACCCGGGGAACAAGGGACACUGGGGGAACAAGCCAGUUAUUCUCCCCCGCCCAGUCAAAACAAAAGGCAUCCACCCCCUCCGAGUCAGGAUUCCAGAAACGGGAAAAGAAUCUGGGUAAUUUGCGAUUAUGGGAAUGGGCAAAACGAUCUACGGAAUGUGGACCCCAAAUGUUGUCUACAUGGUGGAAAAAUUCAAACGAAACACCCCAGUCAUCAAAAUCAACGAUCCUACUUAUGGCAUCAGCGUGCUCAUUGAGAGACCUAGGAAUCCAGUCCACCUGCAAAUCAAUACCAUUUCGCAAAACUAGUUGAAAAAUAGAGAGGGAAAUUUCGUGCAAAUCCCGCUUCAUACUCCCGUUGCGAAUAAUGGACGGAAUGUUGCGGUUAUCCGUGAACCAUUGAACUGCGCGCCCUGACAAAACUACGGAAAAACUAGAGAGACAAAUAUAGACUGCCUUAAGCUCACGCCACGUGGAGCUGCCAAACAUUUCAUUAGCAGUCCACGGAAGAUGACAAAUAACACCCUGACGGUCUUUAACAACACCGCCAACCCCUAGGUCACUAGCAUCUGAAUAAACAAUGGAACGAGAACAUGAAAAGUGACGCCCAAUGGGCCUCCCAUUCAAACACCGAACGUUCUCUUUCCAGAAAAAAAGCUCUUCUUUGACAGAAUCGGACAAAGGAAACCUAGAGUCCCAACUAGGCUGAAGGACGAUGGACAUAUGAAUAAAUUUUGUCAUCAAUGUAGUAACAUUACCUACAGCUAGUUUAAAGGAAUUAAUACGACCAGCAAGAGCGGACAGUUCCCUGGCGGUGCAACAAUUAGCCUCUAAAAGGGAAUCAAUAUCAGAAACAACCCGCUUGAGCUUUAUCCCCGGAACAAAAAGCAAACCCUGAAAAAGAUCAAUGGUGAAACCCAACCAAUCAAGGACUGAUGUAGGAACCCAAACAGAUUUCUCGAAGUUGGGUACAAAGCCAGAACGAACCAAAUCAGUCUUAACCCUGGUGGAAUGGGCUAAAGCAACCUGAUAUGAAGGCCCCUCCCCUAAACCAUCAUCAAGAUAAACAACAAUGUGAAUACCAUCCCGCCUCCAGUAGGCAACGAGAGGCCUAAAAAUUUUAGUGAAAACAAAAGGGGCUGAACAGAGGCCGAAGGGCAGGACCCUAAAACAAAAAUAACGGACCUUACCCUGAUAAAACCAGGAAAAACCCAAAAAUGUCUGGUGGGGCGGGAAGAUAAGCACAUGAUGAUAACCGCUCUUAAUGUCAAAUGAAAACAUGAAAUGACCCUUGUCAAAAUAAUUUAGAGCAACCUUAAGAUCCUCAAACUUGACCUUUUGCUUCCAGACAUGCUUAUUUACAAACCUAAGAUCCAAAAUCAACCUCUUUUUCCCAGAUGACUGAAUAGAAACGGAAAGAGGGUUGACGUUAUGGGGCAGCACCUCCGAUUCAAAAAUGCGAUUGGUAACCAACAAUUCGGAAAUAGCUUCGUAAACAAAAUCAGAAUGAGCCAAAGCUGACUUAUUAUUACUAGAAAAACUAACAGGGGGUGUAGAGUGGAAAGGAAUACGAUAACCAUGCUCAAUAACAUCUAGAAUAAAUUGACUGGCACCUAUAGAACGCCAAAACUGAAUAUGAGAUUUAAGCCUACCGGCUACAACGAUAGUAGAACUACGACCCUGUUCAUAUUCAAAAAAGUCAAAAUCAUCCUCAACAAAGUUCCUUAACUUAUCUGUGUCCUCGACGAAUGCACCAACAUCCCAGUCCAUCACGUACGUUUCCCAGGUUGGCUAGCUGAAAACUGCGUCUGAAGGACGGGGCACUGAUUCCUGAAAUGGCCGAAACUGCCACAAGCAAAGCAACUGCCAACACGCGAACCACGGUGAGCCUUAGGCCAAUUGACAGCACCGAACGGAUUCGAAAAAUUAGAACCUUCCUUUAACUCUUCCAAGGCCUUUUCAACUUGAGGCGAAGACGCCUGAAGGGCGGUCGAAGCAGAACGAACGUGUUCUAGAACUUCAGAAUUAAGUAAGAACUGCUUUUCGUUGCCUUUCUUUUUAAAUUUCGGAACACUAGCAGUAGCUGUCUUGAGCUUCUUCAGCGCAGCGUCGUGUUCUUGUGCAAGUUCUCUCUUUAAAGAAGAUAAACCAGAACGAAACUCGUCUUUGAGCUCGGAAAUGCUUCGCGCGAGAUCAGCAUCGGACGGCAUUUUAAAAGUUGAUAGUUCGAGAGCUGAGAUGAAUACAUUACAACUGUCAAAACCUUAUAUACCUAAUAACAAUAGAGUCAAUUAACGCCAUAACGGCUCACGUGCGAUCAUACCAAUAGGAAAGUAUUUACAUUCUCUGUCACUGCCACUACGUUUAGCUCCGCCGAAUGUAAAUACAUUUUUCCCAAAGUGAGAAGUAAGUGUUAAUGUUGGCUUAGGGGAGGGGUAGGUGGACAGUUACCCAAAAACGUAAAUUGAUGAAAAGCUCGCUUUAUGUGGCUCUAAUAAAAUUUUUGAUAUGACAUCAGGAUAAUUAGCAAUUUGGGCCUCGGCGGACAACGCCCUCUGAGAUCUGAAUAGUUCAUCAGGUCAUACGAAAGCCGGAUUCAAUCAUAAAGUGUUUUAUUAUUCAUUCAAAAGAAUUCAAACGAAAACAUGCUUACAUCGAUUGACCUAAAGUUCCUGUUUUCAUUUGUCUGAUCCUUGGCCAAUAUAUUCAGGAUUUUGUAGUCUAGCCUAUAUUCUGCAAAUAGCAGUUAUUAUCCUUCAUCCUGCUGUUCUUGUUAUGUUUUUAGGCCCCAGUUUGGCGAUUUCUUGUUCCUAAAACGCGCGCAAUCUUCCGCCAUUUUUUCUUGCUCUACCAAAACAGCUGAGCUAACGCAACCUCGUCUCCAGGGCUUUUUGAUUGCUGUGCCUUUUUCUGCAGUUAUCCUGCACCAUUGACGUCAUCUUAUAGGAUAUCGCAAACGUCUUCAAAAUUUGGUCAACGCUAGCUGGUUUUGAAGGGAGAUUUAAACCAAUCAAAAACGGCGAAAUAUUUGGAAUGAAUAAUAAAAAAUUUUAUUUGCCGCUUAAAAAGUGUGAAAAUUUUUUCAGGUGCGUCCCAGUUACAUACAAAUUGUCAAAUAUUUACGGUAGUCGACAGUUACUUUUCAGGCUCCAUCUACUCAUAGCUUGUAGUGCCCUCGUGUUGUUGUUAUGUAUGCGUCUAGGGAAGGUGAGAUGCGUUCUGGUGCAAGAUAUUACAGAUUAUAUACUGCAGUGAAAUAAGUACUUGAAGCAAUAUGCUCUUGAGCUCCCCGCAAGAAAUUCCCUUGAAUAAGUACGGUCUUUGAAACUAAAUAAGUGUUUUCCUAUUACUUUUUCCUUCAAUUUUAGGAGUGCGGUCACAUUCUGCGUUUGUUCCGAUGAAACGAGCUGCAAUAACCUUAAGCACAAGGUUUGUUCAUUUACUGAACUGCGUCAUUUAUCUUACGUGAAUUUAGGGCGGAUUUUUUUUUUUUGAGUUGUUAUUUUAUCUCUGUAAGAUUUUGUAGGUUUGACUGUGUGUAACAUACGAGACGCGUAAGAUUAAUAAGUUAUGCCUUGUUUAGAAUCAAAGCAAAAACUGCGCAGUAAACCUGCUUUGCUUAGUUGUUGUUACUGUUGAUAAAUGUUUUUCUUCUUUAAAUAUUAUUUUGUUUGUUCACACUUUGUACUAAUCGUGUUAUGUUUUCUACCUAGCACACAAGAAUUUAAUCCUCGCUCGUCGACCACUGACGAACUUCUCCGAGAUUACUCGUCACCAGCGGACAAACUUCCCUCGUUCCCUCCUAACACGUGCACAACGAUAGAAAGGCUUGGCGCCUGGAGGUUAGUACAGAUCACGUGCACCUCACGUCUUUGAGACAGCGGUAGUGCCAAGGUCUUAAAUGUAUACUCCAAGACACUAUAUUUCCGACAAAGGACUGGAUCCUUGUAUUUUUGACUCUGAAAUAUUUUGGACUCUCCUUAUUUUCUUUUUACUCUGCAGUUCUAGAUGAGAACCUGUUUUUAGGUUCUUCUCAAAACCACGUGACAGCGCGUCUUGAAAGUUUAAUAAGUGGACCUUAUUUCAUGACCGUAGCACGUGAUAGCCUCGAUGGACAAGCGUUUCGUCCUAGACUCUCUUUUUAAAUUGGAAUUUGGAAAAAUCUGUAUUUAUGCAGGGAGUAAACUCGAAGAAUAGGACCUUGAAUAGGGACUUGCUUCUUAAAUGUUUUGAAAGAUCCAAGUUUAAAUAGUUUUGAAAUAACUUGCAAUAAAACUCUUGAGUUAACGAAACAAAUAGGCCGCUUCUGAGUUCCAAAAACCCUCACUUUCAUAAUGAGGCCAUGUGCACAACCUCUUGUGAAAAACCAUAUCAAAGGCUGAGCACUUAACCUCGUUUUGAUACAGAGGCCUGAACCAUACCCACAUUCUUAAGAUUUUAAUUUCAAAGCAUAGUUUACGUUAAGAAGCACACCCGGCAACGAGAACCACCAACAAACGCAUCACACAUGACGAGAAUCUAACCCUCAUCAUACUCAUGCACUGAGUUGAGAGGCGAACGCUGGAAUACUGGCCUAACCACUGAAUGAAUAACCUGUUCCAGGCGCUUAGAUAGUAGAGCGCGGUCGAAAAAUUGACGAGGAAAAAAAAACGGGAGAGACUCCCCUCUCUCCUCUCGUUUUUUUCCCCUCGUUUCCUCGGCAUACGAUUUAACUCGCUCCCCACCAUCAGUAAACCGCGCUCUGCUCUAUAUGAAUGCCUGGAACAGGCUACCGAAUGAAUGCAUGUGUCAUCUCCGUUGUUGUGUUUCGUUUUAUAUGAAAUACUCCUUUUCUCUCUCUCUUUCACAGCUCUACAGAGAACGCUCCGCCUUUAAAUCAACGCCGUACUCUUCAACUUAGCAAACCUAGUUCGGGAGGCUUCGGUUUGACUUUGCAGGUAGGUGAGAAAAGACAUUAAAUUUCACGUUUUGAAAAAACGGCAGAGAUGGCAACGUGACCAUAUUUCCGGUUUUAUUUUUCGUCGUUUGCCCGUUUUCACUUGGCGAAAAGGAAUGUUUUUUUACUGAAUGAUUAGCAACUGGAGAAAGAACUAUACAUUACCAGUACGUAUGGCUAUUUCUGCUGUCUGCCGUAAAUUUAACGUGGUUUGUCUGUGAAGUUACUCUAGGCUCAUGUUGAUCCCAAUACAAGUAGUAGUCCUUGUAGUAAGAUUUUUUUUUUACAUCUUUGGGUUUAAUCCUUGACCUAGCCUGUAGGGAGUGUCUUAUAUACGUGAACAUUGCGCAAUUUAUUUAAGAAAGAGUAGGAAUCAACUUUCACUGACUUAUAUUUGAACGCUCGUCUAUUUAAUUUACAGACGUACGGAAUCGUUCAGCAAGGUGGCGACGUGGAAUACAUGACAUUUGUUCUAAGCGUAGAGGAAGAUGGACCAGCUUAUAUGGCAGGGUUAAGACCAGGUGAGACAUUUUCCUCCUUGCUGUUGGUGUAAGAAGCUUGUUAACGCACAUUUCUACUUAAAUCUGCACUAUAGUCUCACUGGACUAGUCCGAUAUCUUUCAAAUAUCUGACCGGUUAAUAGCGAAUACUGAGGCAUCACCCGGAAGAACGUCGUUUGAAAAAAAUUGUUAUUGCUCUUUUUAUUUACGUUGAAAUUGCUACAGUUUUUCUCAUGUAUAUGGAAGCCACUGAACUGUCCAGGUUUCGAAAAAGUUGGGAAUGGUUACAAUACUGAUUAUGUUGUCUUCACGCUCUGUACGCAGUCUUGAUUUUCGCCGGAUUUAACCAUGAUUGCGGCUUUGACGAAAACGGCAAAGAUUCGUACCAAAAAGAGAGGCUUAGCUUCUCGAUGAUAUGAUUGUUAAAGUUUAAUAUUGGUUUAAUCUUAAAUAUCUCUUGUGUUUUCCCAGGAGACAUAAUUUUGGAAGUGGAUGGUACAAAUGUGGAAGAGGAGGAUCACAAAACGAUAGUAACGCAUAUUCACCGACCUUCUGAGUCCGUCAGGUUUGUAACAAAGCUCAAAUGCUGCAUUCGGUACUUACUAGCCGUAAAAUCACCUUGGUCAAGGUAGAACAUAAUGUACAAUAGGCCAUCACAUCCCAUUACAGCAGAGAUUAAGCUAAGCCUAAAAGCGGAGCUACCGUUAAAUACUAUGUAUUUAUAUAAAAACAAUGAUCCUUAAACGUUGCCAACCAAAAAAUACUUCAAAGACAUUUGUGACUUCGUUAGGUGGUGAACGUGUGUCCGCGAUACUCAAAUAUGAUGCAGGUGAAUGAGUCUUCCAUUUUCACAGCUGUCAAAUAACUUUGGUACGGAGGGCCUGCUCACUUCAUGCAGUAACGACAAAGUAUUCUCGCUUUAUCGGUAUGUCUGGGUAUGCGGGGAAUUUUACUUACAUCUAUGGGGCAGAUGAUUGUCGACCACAGUAUGUACGGUCACGUGACAACCAAAUUUUUGGAUAGAUUCAAUCCUAGCGGGCAUCUUGCUCGGAAUUUCUGCGUUGGUCCUGCAAGAAAAAGUUAUCAUGCGCAUUGUAGCGAUAUAUUAAAUUCCUUAAUAACCAAGCUUGUUCGGAAUUAAUGUUUCGAAGCAAAUUUUUGUGAAUGUAGAUUUUAGGUGCAUGGAAUUGUACAUUGUCUCUCUCUUUGUACAGGCUGGUUGUAGUGUUUGUUGAUGCUCUUCGACGAAUGAAGAUGAAUACGAAGCUAAAACUUCUCCAGGUUGGUUGAUUUCUUUGCGCUCAAAUGAGAACGGGUAGAGUCCCAAAUUAAGUAAAAUCUGAAGGCACUUGAACAAAGGUAACAAUACCAUUAAGAGUGCUGCAAUGCUUUAACAAUUUCAACCAACGUGUUGGACGUGUGGACAAACGCUGUCUUAAUGGUACCUACGUGAAGCCUCAUUGUACCAACCCAAAUACGUGUUAUAGUAAUAAACUCUAUUUAUCGAUCUUUCUCUCCUCUGUGAUAUCAGGACGCCGAAUUUUAUAGUGGGCAGUUUCUGGGAAACUGUCCACCUACCGCUCUCCCUAAGCCAACAUUUCGCCCUAGGUGAAAAUUAUAUUGUUAGUGUUGGCUUAGGGGAGGGGUAGGUGGGUAGUUUCCCCAGCAACGUAUAAUGAUCCGACAGGUUUUGAUAUUGAGGCUUCUCAUUUUGUUUGUGUGAUAUUUUCCUACUAGGCUGAGCUAGCGGUCAAAGAACGAGAGCUUGAAGAUCUUUCCAAUAACGAAAAGGACUUACUGGAAGGUUCGUAAACUCUCAAGGUCACAAAACGAAUUCAAUACAGUGAAUACUGUCAGUAGCAUCGGAUCAGUGUAAGAUUCUGGGAAACUCGCCAUCUACCCCUCCCUUUAAUCAAUAUUUUGUCCUGAGUGAGAAGUUGACGUUAAUGUUGGAUUAGGGGGUGAACCGUCUCCCACAAUCUUAUACUGAUAGCUUCAAUAGUGGCAGAACGCGUACAACUCGUGUCAGUGAUUUAGCUGUUUAGCAGUCUCCUCUUCGCGUAUUUUCUUCCAAAUGAGAGGGAAGGGCUGGGGUAAGAAAGAGAUUGACACAGAACAAUACCUUCACAAAAAAAAAACAAACAAACAAAAGCGAACCAACAAUGGUUUCUGCAAUACCAAGAAACACCCUUAAUCGUUCGGCAAAAAGUAUAGAAGGAAAACUGUUUGGCAUUCGAUACAGUUGCAAGUUAAAAUUGAUUCGUUGUGAGCAACGGAAAGUUGUCUUUAUUAUUAUAGGUUUUUCUUUAUUUUUGAUAGGUAGAGGAUGUACUUUAAAUUUAUCAUUACUUCAAGAAACACGGACGCGCGAAAGAACUGGUUCUUAUUUGUACACUACUGAAUUAACAAGCUGUUUUGAUAAGAAGUCCCCGGAUGUUCGUGACAGCCUGUUAAAAUACCGGCAGCCCGUUCAAGACACCAGGCCGCGUCCAUGCUCUAUGCCUGUGCAAUCAGAUUUUAGAAAACAACCCAUCACAGCCACAACCGGAUCUGAGAUUUUGAAGAACUUUUCUUCUCCAGACCUGAGCGCCAAUCGCCGCAAACCUACGGUUAGUAAUAAGCUGAUCAAAAGUUUCCGCAAGAAAAAGCCAUCUAUGGAGAGUUUUAAAUCGUAUGUUGAUUUGGAUCUUAAUUCAGAUGACUCUGGAAAAGAUAACUUGUCUGCAGCCGUCUCUGAGCCCGCGUUAAGCGUAACUAAACCUUCAUCAGCGGCAAACACCAUGGUCGAAUCCAGGACUUUUAACCAGGAACCCCUUGGGACAAACGGUUGGAGUCAUUGUAACGGAAAAUCAAAUUCACUUCCGCCUGGUAGUGUGAACAUUUCUCUCACUCUUCAGGUCCCAUCGGACGAUUCCGGUGCUUCAAAUCAGGGUCGACUCUCUCCGGAAAUUCCCAGAAUGCGACGAGGACAAAAAAAGUCGCCGGCGAAAACGUUGCCUAUGACUUCUCCCAAUCCGAAGGAUCCACCAAAAGAGUUCGUUUGACUCCAGUGCUCUUCCAAGACCAGACUUACAAAGGGGUCGCCUGUCACCUCGGCCAGAGUCCUAUUUAUUAACUAUGGAUGAGGCUGGACAGAGACCCCUUUCACCAAAGGAGAGAAAGCAAACAACAGGGAAUGGAAUAGCCUGAUGAGAGUUAGACAGACUCGUGGAGUCCUUCUUAAUUUACCUGCGAUCAGGUGUUAAUUUUUGUCCUAUUUUGUCACGGAAUGUUCUUAACGUUGCUUCUAAGAAACGGGAAGCGUAAUACGAAAACAACGGACUCAUGAGUCCUUAUCAAUAUUGGCAAGUUGCCUGUGAAUAAGCUUUAUUCUCCUUUUGCAUUUUCCUGUUUUAAACUAGUUUUAAAGUCGAGAAGGUCUAGGGUAACCAGUGGUAUCUAGGCCACUAAGCAGUUAAGUGAGGUCGCUCUUUACCCUUCUUACUUCGAAGUGACGCGAGCACACUUAACUGACACGAGACUCCAGAAUAUUUGUAUUGGAUGAGGUCAAAACUUAAUUAUACUUGAGACAGGACCCGCUAAUCCGCAGUAAGAAUUGGUAUUCAUUAGGCAGUGGGUCCUUCCUAAGUAAACUUUUUAGGGCCUCUUGCUCUCAUGUUAACUUAGUAUCAUGCGAAAGUACGUCACAAAACUUAGCACCUCCUUAAUAUCGAGGCCAUAAUUUUUUUUCCUGAAAGAUAGAAAAGUAAUGGGGGAUAGAUAAUAAAGGGGUGGCGACAGUUCAUCUCAAGGACGAAGGUCGUCUGGGGUAAAAAGAGAUCAGGGGGUUGGGGUUAAAUUUAGGGGUAAGAUUUAGGGAUAGGAUUUGGUGGUGUGCACCUCUUUGCCCCCUUCCCCGUGCUCCUCUGGAUAUCCCCGACAAAAUUGUUUUUACUUCCUUGGAAACAACAAGUUUCACUGCAACUUUGAUAGGUGAUUGUAAUAAUAAUAAUAAUAAUAAUAAUAAUAAUAUUUAUAGAGGGAGCCCAACUCGCCAAGGCGGUUUUCAGUGGGGCCCUCAUGCAUUAAUCUAACUAAUUAAUUAAUAAUUAAGAAAAAAGUAGAAUAUGUUUACAAGUAAAACAAAUUUAAAAAUUUAAAAUCUUAAAAUCGAUUAUACAAAAAAACAUCAAGGUUUAAAAUUAGCUGAGAUCUUUUAAAAAAGUUUUUAACUUGGAUUUAAAAAUAGAUAAAAUAUUACACUCUUUUAAAUCAUUUGGAAGGCUGUUCCAGUCUUUCGCGGCGUGAAAAAUAAAAGUUUGUUUACCCCAGUUUGUUCUGGGUAGGGGUAAGCGAAUAUCAUUAGAGCGUCUUGUAUUAUAUGAAUGAACAGCUUGACUUUUAGUAAAAUUAAAGCUGAAAUCGGUUUCUCCAAUAAGACACUUGUGGAUUGCAAUGCAGCGGUGAAAAAACCUUCUUGUGGACAGUGACUUCAAAUCUAGACUUUUCAGUGCUUCAGUUGACGAGCUUCGGGGUGGUUGCCCCAGCAUAACUUUAGCAGCUUUUUAUUCUGUAGAAUCUGUAAUUCUGACAUGAUGGUGUCAUUGUUUUUGUCCCCCAUAUAACGUCUCCGUAAUCAAAAAGAGGGAGGAUUAGGGCAUUGUACAAGGCAACUCUAGCUUGUAGCGGCAAUAGAUUCCUGAUUCUCCUAAUUAGGCCUAUUCUCUGAUUAAUCUUCAUGCUGAUAGCAUCGACGUGAUCUGCCCAGGACAUAGACUGUUGAAGCGUUACGCCUAGGUAUUUGAAUGAUUGUGUUCUUUCAAUGCUAGUGCCCUCUACUUUAACCGAAAUGCCUUGAAUACGAUUCAGUUUCUGAGGACUUCCAAAGAUAACAAAAUUACAUUUGGAUAUAUUUAGUGUCAGGAGAUUUCUAGAGAACCACUCAGACACUGUCCCCAAGUCAGCAUUGAUGUGAUGUUCAAGAUCACUGAUGCUUUUGGAUGAGUAAUAGAGUACAGUAUCGUCUGCAUAAAGAAUAAUAUCGCUUGCCAGGUGACAGUCCGGAAGAUCAUUCACGUAAAUUAAAAACAAUAAAGGUCCCAAUAUACUUCCUUGGGGUACUCCAAUAGGCAUUUCGGUAGAUGCAGAGUGAGCAUCUCCAACUGAUGUAAUUUGAGAUCUGUUUGUGAGGUACGAUCUAAACCACUGGGUGGUAGAGGUGGUAAGACCGAUGUGCGUCAAUUUUUGCAGCAGCAGGGGAUGAUAAAUAAUGAUAAUGAUAAUUGAUAAUAAUGAUAAUUGAUAAUAAUGAUAAUUGUUGACCAAAAGUUCUGAAUAAAUGCAUGUACUGUAGCGAUUACAUAUAAUAGGUAUAAUUACGUCUAUAUUUGAGACUGGUCUUUAAAGUAACUUAUUUAGAAAGAAAUUUUAUCUCUUGUCGUUAGAGAAGAAAAAAGAUCGGUGAUUUUUUUACACACGGGGACUUGAAACUUGUGCCUCGAAACAAGGGCUCUGAUUAUUCUCUAUUUAAAAUAGUACUCGCCCGUUUUCAGUCUUCUCCUAGUCGCUUCAUGUUCUUCUCGCCCGUUCCGACAAACUGAGGACCUGAAACUGGCUGCCGCUACUCAAGCGCAAGUCAGUGGUAUGGAAAUAUUUAUUUUUUACUGUUUGAAACAACGACUCCAGCUUUUUUGAGCGAUUAACAUCUCACCCCCACCGACAGUUGAUCGGGCUCACAAACACUGCUUCCAAAACCUUUAUUCAAAGGAAUAACUGCCUUCCCUGCCUCAUCCCUCUUCCCCUGGGGAGGGAAGAACGGAGAUCCGGCCUGGGGAUGAGGCUGUUACCUUCCUUCAGGGGACUUUACUUGACGGAGAGUGGAGAGUCUUUAAAUGGAGGCCUAAGUAUUCAAAACCCGAAAACGAUGUUUUAGGGCGGGCUUUUCAAGUCCCUAACAGUAAAAACAACUGAAAAUCACCACACUGGUACCGAAGGUCUCGCUUCCAGAGAUCGUUUUCAUGUGACGUCACGGCGGCCAUGUUGAUGUCCAAAAAAAAAGGCUCUAUGGGGUUGCAUAGCUCCUGACCUCAUAGUGAAAAAUAUUCUGUUUGCAACCACGUGACAAAGCGGCCAUGUUGGUGGUCAAUACAGU